UAUUGAACUAUAUAUGUGCCCCCUAAGAGGCAUUUCUAUUUACAUUUUAUUUUGGUAAGAAGCGGAAGUAUUCUCGGUUUGUACCUCUGUCCAGUCAGGAUCGUUAAACAGUUUCCGGGCGACAGGGUACCAGCUGUAAACAUGGCGGAAGACCUGCGAGAAACAGUGGAGAGACUUCAGUCCCGGAUUCUGGACAAUCCGGAGCCUCGUAAGCUCCUGAAGGCUCUCAAAAGACUGGGAGAGCUGCCCAUGACUGUGCACAUACUGGUGGAAACUGGAGUUGGGAAAACUGUGAACUCCUUCAGGAAACAUCAAGUUGCUGGAGAGCUGGCCAAAAGCCUCGUGGCCAAAUGGAAGAAACUGGUUCCUCAGUCAGCAGACAGACCCAACAGCCAUGGCAAAGAGGCCCCCUGCUCACAAGCUCAAGGCCUCAGGCACCAACGAGAGCCCUCCCCCGAGGAGCAAAGCUACAUGGAGGAGGAAGAGGAGGAGCAAGGCUACCACGGCAACUACCACGGCAACUACUCUCCGUCGCCUCCUUAUCAAAACCAGUACAGCCCCCCUCAACCAAAUGCCUAUCAAUCAGAUGAAUAUGAGAGUCCAGAGCAGGAACCUGAGCCCAGCCCUCCUCCUCCUCCUCCUCCGCCGCCACUUCGGAAGGAGGUUCGGCACGCCAAACCAAGCAAAGACAAAAACCAUCACCACAGCGACCGACACAAGGACAGAGAUGAAGAGCGGCGACAGCGGCCCGCUGAGACGAAUACUGAUCGGGGAGGGGGGGGUGAUGGAAAGAAACGCAGCGGAGAGCGAGAGCGACAGGGCAGUCCAGUGGAGAAAGUCGCCAAGCACGGCAGGAAAUCCACGACGCACGGCAGCAAAAGGGAGGACAAGAAGAAGAAGGGAGGAGACGAUGGUGAGUGCUCAGGGCGACCCAUGGCACCAAAGGACUCUCUGUCCAAAGAGGAAGAAGAAGAGGAGUUUGAGAAGCACACCAUGUCCUUUGAGUCCUUCCUUACAUAUGAUGCGCCGGUCAAGAAGAAGAAGAAACAGCAGCAGUUGCCCUCAUCCUCUUCACACAAGCAUCCCUCUCACUCGUCCUCUUCCCGCCACUCUCGCACACCUCCUCCACCUGCCGCUUCGUCAUCCGGUAAAGAGAGCAAAGCAAACGGCGCCCAGGGCACCAAAAGACCUCGAUCCAGCUCAAGCUCAUCAGCUGCCGCAAGGACGCCAGAGAAACGCAAGAGGGUUGUUGAAGCUCUUCCAACUCUCCCGGAAAUCCCUUUGCCGGCAAUUCAACCCAAUUACAGACCUCUGCCCUCCAUCGACACGCCGCUGUCGCCUCAGAGGCGCAAAGUUCCUGUUUGCAACGAUGAAGAGGACACAGGCUUCACUGGGAAACGUUUCAACUCCAAGAUGGUUGUUUACUCCGGAUCCAAAUCUGCCUACCUGCCCAAAAUGAUGACUCUGUAUGAGCAGUGCAUCCGGGUGCUGCAGAACAACAUUGACUCCAUCGCUGAGGUGGGAGGAGUCCCGUUUGAGAUCCUUGAGCCUGUCCUGGAGAGAUGUACCCCAGAACAACUGUACCGCAUCGAGCUGAGCAAUCAGUGUUUUACGGAAGAUUCAGACGAGCUGUGGAAGCGCCACUGCCAGCGAGACUUUAAGCGCGAGUCUCCUCAGGAGUUCGAGUCAUGGAGGGAAAUGUACCUGCGGCUGCAUGACGAGCGGGAGGAACGGCUGAGGCUGCUCACCCAGAACAUCACCUCUGCACACGCCAACAAACCGAAAGGUCGACAGGUUAAGAUGGCGUUUGUAAAUUCUGUGGCCAAGCCUCCACGUGACGUUCGGCGCCGACAGGAGAGGUUUGGUACCUCUAGUGGUUUGUCCUCGGCGGCUUCUAUUACAGCUGCCUCUCCUAUCAAAAUCCGACCAGUUGUUACAGGCGACUCUGGAGAGUCGAGCCGCUCCUCUUCCUCCUCUCUGCUGGCCUCACCUGCGCCUUCAUCCCGGCCCUCCGCUCCAAGUGGAGGAGGAGCAGGAGGACUUGGUCGAGAGAAGCCAGCUGUCAAAAAAAUCGCCCCUAUGAUGGCCAAAACCAUCAAAGCGUUCAAGAACAGAUUCUCCCGCCGGUAAUCUGAAUGAGCCUGAAUGUAUUGUAUCAAUUACAACAGUUUUUAAUUGAAGCUACAAACCAUUUACAAGGGAACUGCGUUAUGGGCUUCAGUGAGGGGUCUAUGAGAUUUUGAGAUCAUUCAUCAACGAGUGAUUGCAGUGUUGUGCUUGUAAUCCAAGUUCAAGUCUUCUGAGAGAAGAGUUUUUCUUUUUUCAAAGACAUAUGGUGAGCAGAAGGGCUUUUGUGAACAUCUAUCCACAAUUCUUCUGUGAAACACAGAGGUGGUGGCAUCAUUGUUUGGGACUGGAACGCUAACUAUCAUUGUUAGAUUACUGUAGAUGGGUAAAAGAAAAAUCGCAACGUAGGAGAGCUAAAGACACCUCCUCCUCUGCCCUUAAAGAGAAGCCCAAAUUCAAAUGUUCAAAAAUUUAAAUCUUGACUAAAAAUUAAAUGCUAUAGAUUCCAUAGAAAUCCAUCCAAGCACAUGUUGUAGUCUGAUCUCCUGUGGGACAGAAACUGGGUCCAAAUCUCUGCUUUCAAGUGCAGUCACACAAUCUGUUACAGCAUUAAAUGCUAAUUUUUGCUAAAUCUGUGAACAGAUGCUCACAAAAGCUCUCCUACUGUCGUGGUUUUUUGUCAAACGACAGCAUUUUGUGUUAUAAAAGGAAACUCUUUCAUUUUGGAUUUCCUUGGAAGAACAAGCUUUUGGUGAAUAUUCACUUACAAGCUCAAAAAGAAAGGCUGAUGCACACCUGAGCCCAUAUCCUGUUUCCCUCCAACACAAACACACAGUUCGCUUUGACCUUCAGAACAUAACCUAUGAACUCUGCGAUGAUGAAAAAGAUGGUUUACUGUGUUUUUAUGUAUAUUUGGGGAAGGAAAUUUUAUAAAAUUAAAUCCUAAAUAAUGGUCUUAGUGCAAAGAAAAGGAAUUUACCAUCUCAAAAAAAGACAUGCACACACCUAUGCUGUUACCUUUGAUUGUUUUUAAGUGGACGGUUUUAAAGACAUUUUUGUGUUUUUUGACCUUUCUUUCUUGACGUUUUAUGAAAAAUUUCAUUUUUCCAAACCUUUAGCUGCUGCUAGACCUCAGCACAGAGACUAAAAACAAGAAUCUACAAUGUUGAUCGGCUUUAGAAACAUCUCCACAUAAAAAAAAUUACAAUUUUAUUGUAAUGUCAGACUUAUCAACACCAAACCAAUUCCCAUCAAGUAUAUAAUGCAGACAGUUAUCCUCUGUCUCCAAGAUACAACAAACCAUGCAGAUUUUUAGUUUCUUUACAAAUCGUGUCAUAUUUCUUUUACAAAUAAAUUGAUGAUUACUUUUUAGAAAAUAUGAAACAUCUAUGAAACAGCUAAAAAAUACACCAUUUGUUUUAGUUUUAGUGGCGUCGGCAAUCAAAAUGUAUUAGCAAUGAAACAUUAAACAGUCUUCUCCUCAAGAAUAAUUGGGUUUUAAAGAAUUUUAAGACAAAGUAAACUGCUAAAAACUGCUGAAAUUUUUAGUAAAGAAUUUGAUUAGAAAUGAAAUGACUUGUUUUUAGUCUUUGUGCUAAACUGGUGAGUUGAAGGCCUUAGUGUAGCCUUUGUCACAGAAAUUAGAUAUGUAUCAACUUUCUAAUUUCAACUCUCGCCAAGAAAACUUGCAGAAAGUUUCCAACAUCUCAACUUUUCCUCAGAAAAGAAACGAAAAUUAUAAAAAUAUAUUGUCCUUUUGGGUUCUCCUGUAUGACUGAAGGACACAACAGAACUGCCUGUACAUUUUUUUCUGUUUUGUCUUAACACCAUUGACUGUCAAAGAGAGCACGUGAACCACCCCGAGUUGCCGGAAAAGCCUGCUUUUUAGAAAUAAACAUGCAGUUCAUUUUUAAUUUUAUAUUUUCCUUGGUACAUGUUCAAUGUGUAGAUCUGAAAUGAAAGCAGAAACGCACACUGUUGAUCAUAUUUUUAUCCUCCUGUGGCAUUGGAUGAUGAUGUCCUGCUGUUGAAAGUGUAAAGCCCUGUUUCCGUCUGCUCCUCUGUAAUAAACUGCUUGAAUAGGGUUGGUGGGUCUGGAAGAAGAGCUAGAGGGACGGUAGAUCAUAGGACGCCUGCAGCUUCAGACCAUCAUCAUAAGGAGAUGUAUUUAUUUUCAACGAAGGGACCUUGGCACCCCACAGCAUGGGCCCCAACAGAAGCUAGAUUCAAAUUGUAAUUUUAUUAGAUUUUAAUAAAUGUUAAAUGGUCAUUUUUGUUAAAACUGACUUUUGCCCUGAAAGAUGACUUGUGUUUGUUGUUUUUAUUAGCCCAUAGAAAUGUAGAGCCACACAUUUACUUGUAAACAGUUUACGACACUAUGAACGUUUGGUAGCAAAACACUCCAGCCAAUCAAGUCACACGGUUUUUUGUGUUUUGUUCGUCAAUCGAGUAGAGGCGUGGUUAUUAUGAAGGAAGUCGAGUCGGACUGACAUUCCACUUUCAAAAAUAAAACUCUGGAUUUGGAUUACUAAA